AUGAUAUCAGCUCAGUCUCUGAUUGGCCGAGGGCUUGUAAUGAUGGUGUUCUUACUGAGCUUUGGUUCCCUUUUCAUCUACUUCAUGACAUCAAUAGAGAGUAAUGAAAGCACACAAGUGGUUCUGAACACCCUACAGAUGGUUGAUCUAUGCUUUAACGCAUUCUUUUUAUUUUACUUUGGACUGCGUUUCAUUGCAGCCGAAGACAAGCUUCGGUUCUGGUUUGAGCUCAAUUCCAUUGUGGACUUCUUCACCAUCCCUCCAGUUAUCGUUGCACUCUAUUUCCAAAAGGACUGUAUUGGCUUGAGGUUCAUGAGGUCUCUUCGCUUGCUGCAAUUACCUGAAAUCCUACAAUACUUACGGAUCUUGAAGAGAAAUUCAAAAAUCAAACUGGCAAGUCUGCUGUCUGUGUUUCUGGGCACAUGGUUCACGGCUGCAGGCUUCAUACACACAAUUGAAAAUUCAGGAGACCCCUGGUUGAAAGAACCCAAUGAACAAACCUUAACCUACUGGCAGUGUGUCUACCUACUCAUGGUCACCAUGUCCACUGUUGGAUAUGGUGACUUGAUUGCCAAAACUACAGUUGGCCAGGUCUUCAUGGUAUUCUUCAUCAUUUUGGGCUUGGCUUUGUUUGCAAGUCACGUCCCUGAGAUUAUAGAAAUUAUCGGAAGCCAUCGGAAAUAUACUGGGAGAUACAGCCACUUCACGGGUAAAAAGUAUGUUAUAGUCUGUGGUCAUAUUACUUGUAACAGUAUCCAUGACUUUCUGAAGGAUUUCACUCGUAAAGAAAGAGAGGAAAGUUCAACAGACAUUGUAGUUAUGGAGAACUUUAACCCUGGCCUUGAGCUUCAGGCCCUGUUUAAACGACACACAACUCAGAUGAAGUUUUUCCAAGGAUCAGUACUCAACCCCAGUGAUUUGGACAGGAUUCGGCCGGACAAUGCAGAUGCCUGUCUGAUUUUGGCAGACAAAAACUGUCUGAAUCCUGAAGCGGAAGAUUCUGCAAAUAUCAUGAGGGCAAUUGCUGUCAAGCAGUACUGUCCUGAAAUAAGAGUGAUUGCCCAGGUACUGCAAUACCAUAGCAAGGCCUACCUGCAGAAUAUCCCCAGCUGGGACAUGAAGAGGAGAGAUAGUGUGAUUUGCUUGUCGGAGUUGAAAAUGGGAUUUAUUGCUCAGAACUGCAUUGUCCCAGGCUUCUCCACGCUUUUGGCCAAUCUCUUUGUCAAGGACCCGCAAGUAGAGCAUAAAACUGGAACGUGGCUUGAUAUCUACAAAGAGGGACUCAGCCAGGAGAUUUACACCGAGUUUCUGUCUGACAGUUUCGUAGGCAUGUCCUUUAACUCUGUGUGCGAGCUGUGCUACAUUCGGCUAAAACUCCUAUUGAUAGCCAUUCGAUACAGGACCAGCUCAGAUGACAUCAGGUACAGAUAUAUAUUGAUCAACCCAGAUCACAGGAUUCUGAUCCAGGAACACACACUUGGAUUCUUCAUUUCCAAGAAACGUACCCUUGUACACAGGUAA